AUGGAUCACUCAAUUCCCUCACACGAGUUCUUUGCCAAAUAUACGGACGAAGGAGCUAUGCACCAUCACGCUCCUCAGCCGUCAUCUUCCCCUCUCUCUGAUGGUUCUUAUCAAGACAAUCCUCCUUACUCCGAUCCCUGUUCACCAACCUGGGCGCAUUCCGUUUCCAACAGCCCAGAGACCUUGGAAGUAUCUAUACCCGAGCAGAAGGCUUGGGGUCAUGAGACGGCACAGAUUUACACACUCAGUUCGUCUACCUCGCCUCUGGAAACAAGUGCCGACGGGAGUUCGCAGUGGUAUCCAUAUUAUGAUAAAGAGCCGUCCAGAGCGAUGGCAUCCUAUUCCAACUCAGAUCAAGGCACUGCCCAACUGAGAGGCCCUAGUGUUUCUCAGAGCCCGUCAGACUGGAAGCCUGGAGUGGAGAGCCAAAACCGUAUCGGUUUUGACGCUCAAAGUUACUACGCUUCCUCUCAAGUUCCUGGGUCCUUCUCAGAACAUUCUGAGAUCCGGAUCUCAUCUCAACCUGCGACAAGUUUAGCAUCGUCAGUCCCGUCUUUCCCGACCCCAUCUCAGCUGCCCACGCAACCUAGUCACAGUGACCAUAUGGAGAUUAAGCGAGCAGUCGACCUUGGAGAGACACGAGACACACCAGAUUCGACAGAGGACAGUUCACUGGAUGCGCCAUAUUCUCAUCUGAUCUAUGAAGCUCUCAUGAACGCUCCUGACAAAAAGCUUCCGCUACAGGGGGUUUACAGCUGGUUUGAGAAGCAUACUACGAAGGGGAAGGACCAGAACUCCAAGGGCUGGCAGAAUAGUAUCCGUCACAAUCUCUCGAUGAAUGCGGGUUUCGAAGCAGUGAAGGGCGAAGCCACCGGUGGCAAGAAAGCGAUGAACUACUGGCGCCUUACGGAUGAGGCAAUCAAGAAGGGCAUUCAGUCAACCACCCGGUACCGAAAGCAAGCGAAUCACAAAAGAUCCUUGGGCUCGGAUCCACCGGCCCCCCAGCGCCAACGAUCUGGAGCCAAAGGCGGAAAGGCGACGAAGAUUACAGCCAAGUAUCGCGGCCAGAUGCUCAUUGUGACGGGCCAGGCCGACGCGCAGAGAGAGCAGCUCCGUCACCAGCCUGUCGCACCUUUGCAGCCGCAACCGAUGGGCAGCUAUUACCACCCAUACAGCCUUCAAACGACUACUUCCACGGCGAUAGUGGCACCAACCCAUGUGUCAGACCCUGCCACGCUCAUGCCUCGACUGUCGGUCGAGCAGUACGGCUUGAGCAGCGCCAUUGGCUGCAGCGAGGCCCCUCCCUGCUCUCCUCUAUUCUAUGAUAUGACUGGGCCAUGCGUAGAGUAUUAUCCUGCGUAUGAGACUGGCCUAGGGGGGUGGUGUGGGGUCCGUUCCCAUCCAACCCCUAAUGGACUACCUCAUGCCAGUAGUGGCUGGUGGACCGGCCUGGAGAUGUCGCCAGAUCUCAAGCUCAGUGUAUAA